UUUACUACAAUGAGCCUCUUUUGGACCGCAAUGUCCGCAGCUGACGAGUGUCAUGACGCAUCACACCCUCGGGGCCAGGUCUGGUGGUUACUUGAGGGGGAUGGGAUGAGGAUGAGCUGGAGAAGGGGUCAGAUCCGGUGUCCCUGCGUGUGA